GCCCGAGCAGCCCCAGGUGUCACAGCAAGUUAUGCGACGCUAACCCCGGUGUCAGGGACUCGUUAUCAGCCCGGGAGCAAAACUUUAUCAGGGAGUUGGGCGGCAAUGGAGCCGAGAGUUGUUACCGCGCUCCUUCUCAGUCUGGCAGCCGCUCUUUGCUCCGGCAUCAGCUCCAUCAACCCGGACAGAAGCGGCGAGGGUCGGUGCCAAGCCAUCGAGAUCCCCAUGUGCAAGGACAUCGGCUACAACAUGACCAGGAUGCCCAACCUGAUGGGCCACGAGAACCAGAAGGAGGCGGCCAUCCAGUUGCACGAGUUCGCCCCGCUGGUGGAGUACGGCUGCCACAGUCACCUCAAGUUCUUCCUGUGCUCCCUAUACGCGCCCAUGUGCACCGAGCAGGUCUCCACCCCCAUCCCAGCCUGCAGGGUGAUGUGCGAGCAGGCCAGGCUCAAGUGCUCCCCCAUCAUGGAGCAGUUCAACUUCAAGUGGCCCGACUCACUGGACUGUAGUAAGCUGCCCAACAAGAACGAUCCCAACUACCUGUGCAUGGAAGCCCCAAACAACGGCACCGAUGAGGCCCCCAGGAGUUCCAGCAUACUGCCCCCCAUCUUCAGACCCCAGAGACCCAACAGUGGCCAUGAGAUGUACCCCAAGGACCCCAAGGGCAGGAGCAGCUGUGAGAACUCGGGUAAGUUCCACCACGUGGAGAAAAGUGCCUCCUGUGCCCCCCUGUGCAGCUCCUCUGUGGAUGUGUACUGGAGUAAAAAUGACAAGAAGUUUGCCUUCAUCUGGAUAGCUAUCUGGUCCCUCCUGUGCUUCUUCUCCAGCGCUUUCACCGUCCUCACGUUCUUGGUGGACCCCUUGCGUUUUAAAUACCCUGAGAGGCCUAUCAUCUUCCUGUCCAUGUGCUACUGUGUCUAUUCCGUGGGCUACAUCAUCCGCCUCUUUGCUGGAGCCGACAGCAUCGCCUGCGACCGAGACAGUGGGCAGCUCUAUGUUAUCCAGGAAGGCUUGGAAAGUACAGGUUGCACCAUAGUCUUCUUAAUUCUCUAUUACUUUGGAAUGGCCAGCUCUUUAUGGUGGGUGAUAUUAACCUUGACUUGGUUUUUGGCUGCUGGCAAAAAGUGGGGACAUGAAGCCAUUGAGGCCAAUAGCAGCUACUUCCAUUUAGCCGCCUGGGCAAUUCCCGCUGUAAAGACCAUUAUGAUUCUAGUAAUGAGGCGGGUGGCUGGAGAUGAGCUAACAGGGGUGUGUUACGUUGGGAGCAUGGAUGUCAAUGCCCUCACUGGGUUUGUGCUGAUCCCCUUAGCUUGCUAUCUCAUUAUUGGCACCUCCUUUAUCCUUUCUGGCUUUGUUGCCCUUUUCCACAUAAGGAGAGUGAUGAAAACAGGUGGGGAGAACACAGACAAACUGGAGAAACUUAUGGUGAGGAUUGGGGUCUUCUCUGUCUUGUACACAGUCCCCGCCACUUGCGUCAUUGCAUGUUACUUCUAUGAACGCCUCAACAUGGAUUUCUGGAAAAUCCUGGCGACGCAAGACAAGUGCAAAAUGGACAGUCAAACGAAAACACUGGACUGCACCAUGACCAGCUCUAUCCCAGCAGUAGAGAUCUUCAUGGUGAAAAUAUUUAUGCUGUUAGUGGUGGGCAUCACGAGUGGCAUGUGGAUAUGGACUUCCAAAACGGUGCAGUCCUGGCAGAAUGUCUUCAGCAAGAGCCUAAAGAAGAGAAACAGGAACAAACCAGCCAGCGUCAUCACCAGUGCUGGAAUCUACAAAAAGCCCCAACAACCCCCCAAAAUUCACCAUGGAAAGUACGAAUCGGCCUUACGUUCCCCUACCUGUGUAUGAGCCGGGAGAAACAACUUCAUUUCUGUUCUAAACAUUGCUGAGUCUAGCGCACAAACCAGAGACUGCAUGCUAAGGUACAAGCAGCGUUUUUAAUGGAAGGCUACUAGAGAAGGUCCAUAUGAGGGACAAGCAGAACUCUAUAUUGUAUGGCCUCCCGGGCUAUUAAUUUAUGGUCAGAUGCUAAUUAAAUCGAUAAUUUAACAGUUCCAUGAAACUGGACGGAAAGGGACUGGGAGGGUAAAUGAUUAGAAGUUCUGAGAAACUUAAAGGGACACUAGGCCCAAAUUAGAAAGAGCUGUUAUUUGAAACAGCAUGUAUUUAAGAAAUAUUUAUACUAUUUUCCAGGUCAUUUUAGAACUAGCCAGGGAAAGUGUUUUGCUUUUGCACACACCCCUAUAAUACAGAAUGUACAUUACUGCGUUGACACAGUAGGAAAUGCACUGUGCAACUAAAAAAUGGCUUCUUCCUGCCUACUUACAUUCAGCGAAUGGUCCCUAAUGCAGAUCUUUACUUUUGCCUUUAGUGAUAUGACAUUUGGUGUACAUCGCUGGACGUCACGGGUCCUGCGGUAUUGGUGAUUGUGUCCCUUGACCUGUUACUGGGUAAAGAUGUUAAAACAGCAGUCAUGGAAAUAGUAGUUAGUUCAGUAGGAUCUGGAUUGCUGCAACAGGGCAGUGCCCACCUAAGUUCUUAGCAUGCGUAGGGUUUGCUUGGCUCUUGGCAUAGCCAGAAGAAUCUAUGGCUGAGGACUGACUGCUGUCGGUAGGAACUAGAGUGCAAUAUCUUCACUUUAAUCCCUCAGACUUGAAAAGAGAAACACGUCUCUUGUUGUAUAAACUGCAACAAAAAAAGAGCUCAAGGGUCUAUCCCUCACAAACCCUUUAGUCUUUGCUCUCUGAGGCUUUUUAAUGGAAAUCAAGCCAAAUGUUAUACACGGUGGGUGUGUUUGGUUAAAAAAAAAAAGAGAAGGGGGGAGAUGGAUCAAUUCAAAGGGCUUAUUGACUCUUUCUAUUGUGAAACACAUACUAGCCAUGAAAAGAUAAAAAAAAAGCACUAGAUUCUGCAAAGGGAAACUUUGUAUUGUGUGUUGCUCUUGUCUUGUAAAUAUUUGUAACAUACAGAUAUUUUUCAUGCUUUACUAUUUUAUUAAAAUAAAAAGAUAUUUUUAGUUUGC